CACGUGGGCGGGCAAAGACGAGGCCGUGGCGGCAGUUGUGCCAGCUGUUUACCCGGGGGCGGUGGCUGCUCCUGCUGCUGCUCCCCAGGAGGUGGACGUGGAGCUGGGAAGGGGCUCGAGCAUGGCGGGGUGGCUUCCGGAGCGGGGCCGGCUGGCGGUGGGGCUGCUGGUGAACUUGGCGGCGUCCAUUUGCAUCGUCUUCCUGAACAAGUGGCUGUACGUGCGAAUGGGCUUCCCCAAUCUCAGCCUCACGCUGGUGCACUUCGCCGUGACUUGGCUGGGGCUGUACGUGUGCCAGGCGCUGGGCGUGUUCGCCCCCAAAAGCCUGCGGCCGCGCCAGAUCCUCUCCCUGGCGCUCAGCUUCUGCGGCUUCGUGGUCUUCACCAACCUCUCUCUGCAGAACAACACGGUCGGCACUUACCAGCUGGCCAAGGCCAUGACCACGCCGGUCAUCGUGCUCAUCCAGAGCGUGGCCUACGGCAAGACCUUUGCCACCCGCAUCAAGCUCACUCUGAUUCCCAUCACUUUAGGUGUUUUUCUAAAUUCCUAUUAUGAUGUGAAAUUUAGUUUUCUUGGAAUGAUAUUUGCUGCUCUUGGUGUUAUAGUGACAUCUCUUUAUCAAGUGUGGGUAGGAGCAAAGCAACAUGAAUUACAAGUAAAUUCUAUGCAGCUACUGUACUAUCAAGCGCCAAUGUCAUGUGGCAUAUUGCUAUGUGUUGUACCCUUCUUUGAACCAGUAUUUGGAGAAGGUGGAAUUUUUGGUCCCUGGACUCCCUCUGCUGUGUUUAUGGUGCUGGUCUCUGGAAUAAUAGCAUUUAUGGUGAACUUGUCUAUUUAUUGGAUCAUUGGGAAUACAUCACCAGUCACAUACAAUAUGUUUGGACACUUCAAAUUCUGCAUCACCCUCAUGGGAGGGUAUCUUUUAUUUAAGGAUCCUUUGUCAAUUAAUCAAGGCCUUGGAAUUACCUGUACAUUGUUUGGCAUUUUAGCUUAUACACACUUCAAACUUAGUGAGCAGGACGUGAGCAAAAGCAAGCUGGUUCAGCGUCCAUAAAUUAAGCAUUGCUGUACAUAACAAAUGAAUUUCUUUAGUAUGCACUGAUUCCAAAAACAAUGCACUGUCUAUGGAUGAAUCUAAAUUUGUCCAACUACCAGCAGAAUGGAUCUUCCCAAGGAGAGCAGCUGUUCUCUCCCCUGUAGCUGCCAUGCACCGCUUCCAUCCGCUCUGGCAGGUUGGGGUAUGGACUGGAUUACAUUGAGGGGUCACGGGAGUCAGUGGAAAGAAAAGCACAGGAAAGAAGACUGGGAAGGUGAUGGGUGUCUGCUCAUGAAUGUUGGCAUAUGUCCAGAUUUUGUGUGUGUGCGUACAUAUAUAUAAUUUGUUUCUUUAAAGGGCUGUUUAUAAUCACAGUGUAACGUCUAAGUGAACCGUCCUAUUUAUACCAAAUGAACUCAUUCAGACAGAUACAGUGUUUCUUGGUAGAAAGUUAAUUAUGUCCUUAUGAUUAUGUCAGUAUUAAAAGAAACUGCUUUUUGUGAUCAAGUGAACAUUGAAGUUUCUUGAUCUGCUAAAUACUGAAAAACCAAAUGUUUAUCUUUUCUGGAUUUUUAGCUUCCAUCUGGGAUUUUGUUUCUAAUAGUCUCAUACAUUGCUAUAUUUUUUCUGUAUAUUUUAAAUUUUGAUAUGUAUUUAACUAAAAUUGCAUUCACAGUUGAGCAAAAUUCUGGUACUCCAAAAUUAUUAAGACUUGAGAAUUUUACAAGUUGUUAAGCUUUCUAAGUUUAUAAGUAUUAUGUAACUCAGUGCAGGGCUGGCUCCUGUACUUUGAAAGUGUUUUCUUUCUACUUUAUUCAAGAUUCAAUAAUUUAUACAAGAGGUUUCUUUUCUAAUUAUUUUGGGCCAGUGCAGAUGUAGUGAUAACUUGAUUUGUAAAUUUUCUUGCAACUUGUAUAUAAUUUCUGCUAAGUUUUAAACAUAUUUAAGAUAGAACUUCCAUUGCAUUAUGGGGAUUUUUAAUCAACUUCAUCCCCUUCUUUCAAAUGAUGGUUAAAUACUCACUGAAUUUAAACUUGGUGAUGUAAAGAUAACUAUGGUUAAACCAGGAUAGGGGAUUUGUCUGUCAGUGGGGAACUGCUAUCCAGUCCCACCCAAAUGUCUGCCCUCGUGUUUUGAACUGCAGUUCCAAUGCUGAUUUGGUUAUGGGAGUGUUAGUCUAACAUACUUGGAUUAUGAUAAACUAUGGAUGGAUGGACUAGGAUGUCAUGUUACCAUGCUCUGGAUUCUAUGCCAUCAGCUCUGUAUAAUGGAAUAGCAGAAGUUUAACAAACAGAUGAGAAUGCUUCAAUAAAAGUAUAGUCUAGGAAUAUACUUGACAAAUCUUGAUAUCAUUUCUUUAAACAUUGAAAAGUGGUAUGUUCUGUUUAUUUUUGAGAGCCAGUUUGGUGUAGUGGCUAAGGUGGUGGCCUAGAAGCCAGAUGUCUAUGAGUUCUAGGCCUCCCUUAGGCAUGAAAGCCAGCUGGGUGACUUUGGGCCAGUUGCUCUCUCUCA